UGUAGGUGUUAUUUCUUGUAGGAAUUUGUGGGUUCCUACGUUAAGUCAAAAGCGGUUUGCCCAUGAUCUUGUCAUAAGACAAAGAACAGGAAAGCCUGUCGUCAAAUAUGGUGCUGAAGGCCGAUCUUCAGUGAGUGGCCAUAUAGCAACUGUUUUUGGCUGUACAGGAUUUUUAGGACGUUAUAUUGUUAGUAAACUUGCUAGGCAAGGAACUCAAAUUAUUGUACCGUACCGAGAUGAAGAUUCAAAAAGACAUUUAAAAGUUUGUGGAGAUUUAGGUCAGGUUGUUUCUAUGGAGUUUGAUCUUCGCAAUGAAAAAAAUAUCGAGGAAGCAGUUAGACAUUCUGAUAUUGUUUACAACUUGAUAGGCAGAGAUCAUGAGACAAGGAAUUUCACUUUUGAGCAAGUUCAUGUCGAAGGUGCUGCUAGAAUUGCCAAAAUUUCAAGAGAAGCUGAUGUUGCUCGAUUUGUACAUGUAUCAGCCUUGAAUGCUGAUAAAAAUUCACCAUCCAAGUUCUUUCGUUCAAAAGCUUUGGGUGAAAUAGCUGUGAAAAAAGAAUUUCCAGAAGCAACUAUAGUUCGUCCUUCUACUAUGUAUGGGCAUGAAGACCGAUUUUUAACUAGAUAUGCAGAAACCAAAUAUGAAUAUAUACUUAAUUAUGGUCAAACAAAAGUUAGACCUGUUCAUGUUUUGGAUGUUGCUCAAGCGCUCGAACGCAUGUUAAAAGAUGAAUCAACCACGGGAGAGACUUAUGAAUUAUUUGGUCCUCGUGAAUUCACAUAUGAAGAAGUAUAUGAUCUAAUUAGAGACUUAACUGAAAAUCGUAGAUAUAGAUUCUAUAUUCCAAAACCAUUAGCAUUAGCUGUGACGAAAGCAUUUAAUCUACCUUUUUUGCUAACAAUUUCUCCUGAAAAUAUUGAGAGAUCAUUUAUUAGCGAUAAAAUUACUCCGGGAGCAAAAACUUUCGAAGAUUUGGGAAUUCGACCGUUAGGUUUAGAGAUGAAUAGUCUUGGCAUUGUUAGAAGAUUUAGAAGCAGUAAGGUUUAUGACCGACCUCUUGAAAAAGGUUUGGCGCUUGAAAAAAGUGACGUGGGAGAUGAUAUAUUUG